UCGGUCAGUGUGUUCGGCGAGUAAAACUGUAUUUGUGCUUAACUUAUACUUUUCUUUAAAUGUGGCUAAUAUUAGACAUCAUUUAGUCGCCCAGAGUAAAGUUUUAGUCGCGAGGCUUAAAGAUGCACUUAGGAGUAAUCGUAUGUGUGGUGAUCAGUGUAGUCUGUUCUUCAGCUCUGGAGCAGGGUAGGAGCGGUUGGACUGGGAAGUUGUUAGUUGUGCCCAUGGAUGGAAGUCACUGGACAGGGGUGAAGGCUGUGGCGGAAGAGAUGGGACGGAGAGGACACACAGUGAUUGUGGUGAUUCCAGAAAUCAGCAUGCGCUUGGGUCCAGGCAAACAUUACACCACAAAGACCUUUCCUGGCACAUACGGGCAGGAUUUAAUCAACCAAAUGAUGGUGGAACAUAUUCAUGAGUCAGAGCAGUCCCUACUGAGGAGUGUGACUUCAAUGGUGGCCCAUAUGAGAAAUAUUAUUAACUAUGUGACCUCUACAGCUGAAGGUCUGUUCAAGAACCAGGAGCUUAUAGAUUUUCUGAGAGAACAAAACUUUGAUGCUGUUUUAACUGAUCCUGCCCUGCCAAUGGGAGCCAUACUGGCUUAUAAUCUAUCAGUACCUGCGGUGUAUAUGUUAAGGGCAAUGCCUUGUGAUGCUGUGGCCACAGCCUGUCCUGACCCUCCUUCAUAUGUCCCACGUUUCUUGACGCGAAACUCAGACCGCAUGACUUUUAGUCAGCGUGUACUGAACGUUUUUGUCAGCAUGCUGGAACCACUGAUAUGUAAAUUUGCAUACUGGCCCUUCGAGAAAUUGACAUCCAACUUCCUUCUGAGAGAUGUGAGCCUGAUUGAGAUCCUGAGCACUGCAGCCGUCUGGUUGAUUCGGUAUGAUUUCAGUCUGGAGUUCCCCAAACCCUUGAUGCCCAACAUGCAGCUCAUUGGAGGAAUUAAUUGUGGAAUUAGAAACCCACUGAAAAAGCUCUGGAGCAGGGUAGGAGCGGUUGGACUGGGAAGCUGUUAGUUGUGCCCAUGGAUGGAAGUCACUGGACAGGGGUGAAGGCUGUGGCAGAAGAGAUGGGACGGAGAGGACACACAGUGAUUGUGGUGAUUCCAGAAAUCAGCAUGCGCUUGGGUCCAGGCAAACAUUACACCACAAAGACAUU